AGUACAUCGCUUUUUACGCCCUUUCUCCUCGUGGAUAGCGUGCAUUUUUGAAGCACACACAUUCCGCGGCCUGUGUCAGCAACGACAUCAUAGCUGGCCGCUUUCCGUCUCUCAUACAUUCCCGGGUCGCAUUAAGAAAUAUUGAGGCGACAUAUGCUUGCUGUUCCCGUCACUUUUGCGUGGCUUGUGAUCUACCAUAUACUGCUAUAGUCCCUCAAAAGGGAAAAGAAAAAAAAAAAAAAAAAUUCAUCGAGUCCUUGAGACUUAUACUUCUACUCAUCUUCUCUUUAUCCCUUCCAACCAAGCGUGGCCCAUUCGAACCGCAAAAAAUGGCGCCCUCGCUCUGGGAAAGGACAAAGGGAACCUCUAAGAAGGGGUUCGAUAAAGCAUGGCACACUCUCGACAAGCUGGGCGAUCCCGUCAACCGUUUGUCCAAUCGUGUCGGUGCUGAAGCGUUUUGGCCCAUGUCCCUCGAUAAAGAAAGUGAUAAAGCAGCUCGAAUUCUACGAAGCUUCUGCAAGGAUGGCUUCUACGCCAAUAACGACGCCGAAUCCGAUCGACAAAGCACAGACAGUGCCGUGAAUAAGGAACCCGGCAAAAUCGACCGCCCCAGAGGCAAACAGCGCGUCCUGAAAAAGAUCCCGUCCAAAGUCGUCAAGGAAGCCAAGGGAUUGGCCAUAUUCACCACCAUGCGCACCGGUCUCUGGAUCAGUGGAUCGGGUGGAAGUGGCGUGCUGCUGGCCCGGAUUCCAGAGACCGGGGAAUGGAGUCCACCUUCCGGUAUCAUGCUGCAUACCGCCGGUAUUGGGUUCCUUGCCGGCGUUGAUAUCUACGACUGCGUCGUGGUGAUCAAUACCUACGAGGCUUUGGAGGCGUUCAAGAAGGUCCGAUGUACACUAGGGGGAGAGGUCAGCGCCGCUGCCGGUCCCGUUGGAAUGGGAGGUGUGCUUGACUCCGAAGUCCACAAGCGACAAGCUCCGAUCUGGACCUACAUGAAGAGUCGUGGUCUGUAUGCCGGCGUCCAGGUGGAUGGAACCAUCAUCAUCGAACGCACGGAUGAAAAUGAGCGGUUCUAUGGGGAGCGCAUAUCCGUAACAGACAUCUUAGCCGGUAAAGCCAGGAGACCUCCCCCUUCAAUUGCAACUCUGCUCCAGACGGUCAAGGCGGCCCAGGGUGACCUGAAUGUGGAUGAGAGUCUGCUUCCUCCUCCCGGUGAAACUCCCGGAGACUUGGAGCUGCAGGCCAAUGCGUCCUUUGGCAUACCCGACCCCGAGGACCCCGAUCCGUUCGGAGUGAAGGCGUUGGAGGCGGAAGGCCUGUUUAUCCGCGAGGCGGGGACUAAAAUCAGGCCAAGUCAAGAAGCGUUCGAGUUUAGACCAAACCCAGGGAGUCCUGUCUACGCAACUUUCCGCCGUAGUCUUGACAGUUCGCCGCGUAACAGCUGGCGCACCAGUGUCCAGAGUUACGCCAGUGUGGACCGCGGCACUCAGACAGCCGAUGGGCCCUUGACUGCUCCCACAUCGAUUAGCCGUGCGUCUUCACGGAGUAAUCGAGACCCCGCGGACCGCCUAGAACCAUCCCCAUGGGAGGACGAGGAGAACCGCUGGGAUACCGUCAUCCCGGAACAUGAUGAAUCCCCCUUCCGCAGCCCUGACCAGGGUAUUAUUGAUCCAGAUUUGAUCAACGACGACGAUCUGGAAGUUCACGAGGUCAGCAGCGCAAGAGUUUCCAGACGCGACAGCGUCACCAAUUCCUCUUCCCCUGUCUCCGUUGAGGCCCCCAAUUUGCCACUGGAAGGCAGGCGCCCGUCUCCCACCUUCACUCGGGCUCGUCUCGUCACCAUUCCAAAACGGCAACCUCCUUCACUUCCACCACGCAAUCCUCAACGAGCGUCAAAUUCGCCAUCGAGGCCCGUGUCUCCCAGUACCUCGCCUACCCCAUACGAUACUCCUUCUUUCACCCCGGGCUCCACACAUGGUGCUCUGGAUGGGUUCGCAGAGCUGCCUCUUAACCCUCAGAACGACCCCGCUGAGACCUCAUCGGAUGAAGCAGGCGAAUUCAACGAGGUGUCUCUCGAAAAGGAUGAAUUCCACUCCGUGUCGAGUGUGCGGGCAUCGGAUGCGGCAUCAGAAACCGAGGUCAGCACUCAAGAUGAUGGGUCUAGCGCGAGUCUCGAACAGCCCAAAACCAACGACACUACCCACACUGAGAAAGCGAGUCAUCCGGAGACUGAAUCGACGGAGCCUAUCAAAAGUGAGAGCCAGGCAGUAGUGACGGUCAACUAAGCCGUUGAUUUCUCACACACUCUCCCCAUUUUAUCUUGAUUUACCCUUUUUCUUUCUUUCUUUCUUUUCUUUUUUUUUUUUUUUUUUUU